UACAGUAAAGUAUUAUCUGUUUGAUUAAAUGGUUUAAGAGACGUUAUUUUCAUAUUUUCAUAAAUAAAGUACUUUUAACUAAUUUGGUAAAGAAUUAAUUUAAUACAUAUUGUAUGAGAAUUCCAGUGUUCCGGUACGAAUGCUUUAAAUACUUUUAAAGGUAAAGAUAUAAACGUAAUAAAAGUUAUGUGGUAUUGAUUGAUUAUUUUAACUAAGAGUACAUAUCGUAAACAGGUGGAUUAUUACAGUAAAACAUGGAUUACAAUUUGUUUAUUUGUUAUACAGGUAUAUUUUUAAGUAAUCCUGGGAAGAUGUGAUUUAAUUCCAAUUAGAUAAUUCAGGAGGCCUUUGCACCUCAUGCGAGGACAAUAACUUCUGUUACGUGAAUUCAACCAUGAUUUUGAACUGAAUCACUUUCUGUGUACUGUAGGGCAAUAACUUAUGCUACAUGAAGUCAACCAUGAUUUUUAACUAAAUCACUCUGGGCUGUAGGACAAUAACCCAUGUUACACAAACUCAAACCAUGACAAUUGAAUUGGUUCUUGUGAAGAUACAAAAUCAAGAUGUUUAUAUCUAGUACCUUAUACGAGACACUUGAGCAUCGGAUGUACAUACUAGUUGACGCAAGUACUUGAUAUAAGUACUCAUUAACUAAUGCUCUGGUCAGUAUGUCUCAAUUAUAAGAAUUCAAUGGGACAAGAUGGAUUCCUACAACACUGUGUAUAAAGGCAGUGAUGAUAUUCAGAUGAGCAGACUAGUUAAUGAGGAAGAUGACAUUGGAACACGGUCACUUUUGAAAGAAAAAAGAAAAUGGAAGACUUUGACUCUAGCACUAGGACUGUUAUCUGUUGUUUGUAUAAUCGCAAUUGUGGUUCUGUCCGUUUUAGCCAGUGGGAAAGUGCAAAAGGAUAAAGAUAAAUCAGAAACUGCAGCCUUACAGCAAGGUACUCCAUGCGACAACCAGCCAUGUUUUAAUGGCGGUCUGUGUAAAGCGAUUGGCGACAAUUUCACCUGUACAUGCCGCCCUGGUUUCUCAGGUUACAGAUGUGAAGUGAGUGUAUGCGACAGCAACCCAUGCAGAAAUGGUGGACUAUGUCAAGUAAAGGGGGCUAGAUACAAAUGUACCUGUGAUCCAGGUUUUUCCGGUGACCAGUGUGGUGUUGGCCCUUGUGAUAGUAGUCCAUGCUUGAAUGGUGGAACAUGUGACAUUACCGGAAACACAUACAGCUGUACAUGCCUGAGAGGGUUUUCCGGUGGCCAGUGUCAAAUAAGUGCUUGUGACAGUAAUCCUUGUCAAAAUGAAGGAACAUGUAAAGUGUCAGGAGACAGUUACAUUUGCAGUUGUUUAUCCGGAUAUUUCGGUCGACAGUGUGAAGAAGAAGAAGGAGAAGAAGAAGAACAACAACAACAACAGCAACAACAACAUCAACAACAACAACUUCUUCUUAAAGAAGGAAAAAAAGGGGAAGAACAACGACGACAAGAAGAAGAACAGCAACAACAAUUGAAAGAAGAAAAACAACGACGACUAGAAGAUGAACAAAAACAACAACAAUGGAGACAACAAAAAGUAGACGAAGAAAAACACCAACGAAAAGAAGAACAAGAAGAACAAAAACAAAAACAACAACAACAACAACAAGACGAAGAAGAGAAAAGACAACAAAAGCAACAAGAAAAAGUUGGUGAAAACAAAGACAAACGACGCACACAAGAACAAGAAGAACAACAACGACAAGAACAAGAAAAACGACGACGGCAAGAAGAAGAACUACGACGACAACAAGAAGAAGACGAAGAAGAAGAAGAAGAACUACGACGACAGGAAGAAGAAGAAGAGGAAGAAGAAGAACUACAACGACAACAAGAGGAAGAAGCAGAAGAAGAACUACGACAACAAGAAGAAGACGAAGAAGAAGAAGAGCUACGACGAAAACAAGAAAACGAUAAACAUUAUUAUGAUGAUGAUGAUGAGUAA